UAAUCUGCUAUGUUUUUUUUAAAUAUUUCUUUGUUAUUUAUACUUUUAUUGUAGAACAAGUUGUAACUGGGUUAGACCGGGCUGUAAGUACAAUGAAGAAGGGUGAGCAUGCAAUUGUGACAGUAAAGCCGGAGUAUGGGUUUGGAAGCAAUGCAGUGAAGUGCGACCUCACAACAGUUCCUCCUUGCUCAACCCUUAUAUAUGAAGUAGAAAUGCUAGAAUUCGCAAGGGAGAAGGAUCCUUGGGAAAUGAGUAUUCACGAGAGAAUAGAAAUAGCCAGCAGAAAGAAAGAAGACGGAAAUGCACUCUUCAAACAUGGAAAGUAUCAAAGAGCAUUAAAAACAUAUGCUAAGGCCGUGGACUAUGUCAGCGAGGGUAGUCCCUUUGAAGUUGAUGAUCAGAAGCUCAUCAAAUCACUGCAAGUAUCAUGCUGGUUGAACGGUGCUGCUUGUUCUCUCAAAUUAGAUAAUUUUCAGGAAGCAAUCAAGCAAUGUUCUAUGGUCCUUAAUAUUGAACCCUCAAAUGUAAAAGCACUAUACAGAAGAGCUCAAGCUUAUAUGAAAACAAAUGAUCUGCACUUAGCCGAAAUGGACAUCAAGAAAUCCCUGGAAAUCGAUCCUGAGAAUAGGGAGGUGAAGUUACUGCAGAAGAAUUUAAAACAACUUCAAGUUGAGAGCGACAAGAGAGAUGCAAAUCUCUACACAACCAUGUUUGCACGCAUGCUGAAUGAAAAUUCUCCAGAUAAAAAGAGAUUAAAAGCAGGGACAAAGGAGGACAAAACCGAUGAAGAAGCUAUGGCAAUGGAAGUGGACAAGGAUGGUGUAAAGUCAAAUUCAACCGUUCCCAGGGAGGAAUAGAAUGAUGUUUUAUAGUGGGUGCCACUUUGUGUGUGUACACAUUAUUUGAUACUCCGUAUAUGUUUUGGUAUGGGAAUGGAGUCUGGUUACAUAAAAGUAUUUUGAUUUUAUGUGGUUCUGUGACAGGUCACAUGGCGCAGCAAGGAAAGGG